AUGUCAAAAAAUAAUGAUUUUUUGAGGUUAAUUGAAUCUCUAAACAGUCAUUUAGAAAACAAUAAUGAUUUAUAUAACAGUUAUAUAAAUCGACUCAACAACCCAAGACAACAGAGUCAUCAUGAUAAUACUUGCGAAUAUUUAAUUAAUUUAGAAAAACAGUUUAGGGAGGAAAUAGAAACAAAGAUUCAAUCACCAAAUAUAUUUCAUCAUGAAAUUCUAUCACGUCUAGAUUUAGAUGUAUUCUAUUAUGCAGAGUUUCAAAACAAUAAUAAUAGGAAUAGAUAUUAUAAUAAAUAUAGUAAUAAUAAUAAAUCAAAAUAUAAAUAUAAUAGAAAAUCUAUGAAUAAUAUCUUUAGCAUUGCACUUGUUUGUAAAUCAUGGUUUCAUUGGUUCCAAAAGAGAUUGGUCUAUCUACUUAUCAAGUAUGAGUUAUUCAGUGAUUCCUUCAAAAUACCAGUACUUGAUAGAUACAAUCUUAGAGCACCUACAGACUUUAAUGCAUGGUCACUUAUACAGUCCAAGUAUAUCAAAAAGAUAAAGCUGAAUAUAGAAAACUCGAGAUUAGAUAUUUUUGGUGUUAUAUCGCACAAUAAGAUUGAAUCGGUAAAGAGAUUAUCAAUAUUUCUUAUGAAAAUGGAGACUCUUGAAAUUAUAGCCAUUCAUUCAGACUUUGAUGAGCACUUGGUUGACAUUUUAAAUGAAUUGCAACCAGUAACACGCAGCACAAGAGACAUAGUAAUCGAGUUGGUAUUAGAGAAGUACAACAACAAAGAUGAUUCUUUGGUAGCUGAAAGGUUAAUGUCAAUUCCAAAGGUCAAAGUUAAACACUGGUCCAUAAUGUUACCGAGCACAAUUCAGGAGAACAAUAAAUUGUUAACUGACAAAGUAAGAGACAUUCUUAUUUUGAAACCAGAGUCAUUGUUUAUAGGUGAAGAUACAUCCCCCAAAUAUUAUGUAAACACCAUAUCAAUCGACGAUCAUACUGUAUUAGUUCCAGAUUACAUGGCAGAAGUGUUUCAAAUGGAGUCAUUAAGAAUACUAAAGAUUAAAAGAGUCAAUGCCAAUCCAGAUUUAAUCUUAAAUUGUCUUGGUAGAUUAAAUUCACUUGAAGUAGAUUUGGAUUCAUCAUCUGGUAAUCAUGAUUUAUUCAUUAAAUCAUUAAAAUCCAACAAAACCAUUACAACACUCACUUUAAAUAAUUGUAAUUCAAAUGAAGUAUCAGAUCUUCUUCAUUACAACCAAACAAUUACAUCACUCAAUUUAAAUGGAAGUAUUAAAUUGUCAACAUUCUCUGCAAUUCCAUCAACAAUUAGACACCUUUCAUUUUCAGAAAAUGAGAUGUCAAAUGAUUUUUUGAACUCAUUAUCAAAUAAUCAAUCUAUUAUAUCAAUUAAAUAUGAUGGUAGAGUUGAAAUAACAAAAGAGAACCCUGGUUUAAUACGUUUGUUCAAACCAAUAGCAACUAAUCCAAAGCUACAAUCAAUUGAAAUGACAGUAUCAUCAAUCAAGACAGCGGGUGCAGUUCUAAAUAUUUUUUCGCAAAUCCUAAACAAAUACUUCAUUUCUAAAAAACCAACAAUUAAUACUCUCAGACUAAAUGUAAAGAAUGAAAGUAAUGACUUUUAUAAAAAAAGGAAUUAA